CUAUUGGGGGAGUUGUAGCUCUAUUCAUUCCUCUCCCAUUGCCCGCCUUCUUCGACAAGCUUUAGUAGCGGUGGGCGCUGAUGGCACUCAGAAUCGUCCUGAGCCCAGUAACCACCGUCCGAUCGGAAGCCACAAAUUCCAACGGUGCUCUUCCCCCACGGAAUCCAGACCCGUCGCCCCGACUCUCCUUCUCCAAGCCCUCUUGGGUCGUCCGCACCGAGUCAAAUGUUCGUAAAGAAGUAAGAAAGACCCCGGAUCCUCCUUGUGAUAUCUGCACAGGGAGUGGAAGGAUUGAUUGCCACUUUUGUCAGGGAAAAGGGAGGACAAACUCUGUUGACAUGCAAAUGCUACCCAAAGGAAAAUGGCCAAGAUGGUGCAAGACUUGUGGUGGAAGUGGUCUCAGUUACUGCUCCCGCUGCCUUGGAACUGGAGAGUAUAGGUAUAUAAUGGGCUUUCAUUUCAUGAGGAUGGAUUCAGCUCAUACAGGAGACAAUCUGAAUGCAAUUCAAAGUAAUCAAAAACGAUGCACUGCUAAGGAUUUAUAUGAAUAAUCGACUUAGCUACAAAAAUGUCUCAAAGUUUGUAAAUGUUGUAUGAACACCUGGAAUAUGUUGUACAGUUGUAGACCCUAAAAUUUUCAAAUAUAUUUUCAAGCUCUCUUAUAUCCA